AUGCAUAAUUCCGAAGUAUAUAAAUUAAUCACACUUCCUGUAGACGUCAACAAUAGCGCCGUUAUGCCAAGAGUAGAAGAUGAUUACAUAGUUUAUAAUUUUGCAUCUAAUAUGUACUUUCUAAUGUCACAAGCGAAACUAAAUAAGUGCGAUAAAAAUCUUCAAGGUCAAUACAAUUGCAUCGGAAAUAUACCCUGGAAGCCAGCCAUAGAACGAUCUUGUGAAGUAUCGGCGUUAAAACAAUCCCGGCAUGCUGAAUGUACAUUCGAAGCGGUACCAAGGAAAAGCGUUUGGGAGCAGCUGUCUUCAGAGAACAAUUGGAUAUUUUCAGUAUUUGACAAUGGGGUUUUAACAGUGGAUUGCGGUCAGGAUAAUAGAAGCUGGAUUACAUUGCCACCAAAAGGCAUAUUAAAACUAUCAGAAGGAUGUACUGCUACAUAUGAAGGAAUAACCAUGUCAGCUUCACAACGCUUGGAGUCGGAAGUAAAUUCUGUUAUUCAGGCGUCAACAUGGGGCAUAGAUCCGGAAGAAAUUGAAGCGAAAUUGGUCAAACCAUUUGAUGUUACUAUUAUUAACAACACCAAAGACAUCGAUUAUCUUAGAAGGGAAGUCCUGAAUAUGAAGGAGACAAAAAUCGAACUUAAGAGACUGCAAUUUCACACGAUAUCCGGACAUACAUCUCUACUAUUAAUUAUUGUUCUUAUAUUUAUAUUGAUUUGUUUAAUUAUUAAGCACAAAUGUAGUAAAACAGAAGUAGUUAAAAUAGAUUUUUCUACACCAUUACCAUUGCGGGCCCGGCAGAAUGUUCAGAAUUGA